GCGUGCGCAAAACAACAUUAUUUACGCUCGCGCUUUCCUUUCUCGUUCUUAUCCUUUUCGUCAAAGACAAAAUUGCCGUUGAUUUAUUUGAAAUCGGGAUUUUUUCUACUUUCGACUGCCGGUCCGAGUUUUUAAUUCGGCACGAAUUUGUUUUCACCUUUCUCCGGGGCCGCCGCUGUUGCCAGUUUCCGCCCGUCGGUCCGGUACGGCUUUUGUCGUUAGUUGGAAAACGCCAUUGUGGACCGUAACGACUUGGAGACGAGUUAAAAUAAAUAAACAACAAUGGGUGAACGAGACCAGGAAAUGCCAUCAUUUAAAUGUGUGCUUGUGGGAGACGGUGGCACAGGCAAAACUACAUUUGUCAAACGGCAUCUGACGGGAGAGUUUGAGAAGAAGUAUGUGGCUACCCUGGGUGUCGAAGUCCACCCCCUUGUUUUCCACACUAACCGAGGGCCGAUCCGAUUCAACGUAUGGGACACUGCUGGCCAGGAGAAAUUCGGAGGCCUUAGAGACGGCUAUUACAUUCAGGGCCAGUGUGCCAUUAUCAUGUUUGAUGUUACAUCUAGGGUAACUUACAAGAAUGUACCCAACUGGCAUAGGGAUUUAGUACGAGUUUGCGAAAACAUCCCCAUAGUUUUGUGUGGAAACAAGGUCGAUAUCAAAGACAGAAAGGUUAAAGCAAAAAGCAUCGUGUUCCAUAGAAAGAAGAACCUCCAGUAUUAUGACAUUAGUGCUAAGAGUAAUUACAACUUCGAGAAACCAUUCCUCUGGCUUGCAAGGAAACUGAUCGGAGAUCCGAACCUUGAAUUUGUUGCAAUGCCAGCUCUCUUACCGCCUGAAGUUAACAUGGAUCCCGCAUGGAGAACCCAAAUAGAAGAGGAACUUCAGAAAGCUAAAGACACACCACUCCCUGAGGACGACGAGGACUUGUAAACAACAAAUUGAAAUAAAACUUAACGUGAUUGGUCUAAGAUUUGGUUGUAAACUUGUUUUCUUUUAUAUUAUAAUUUGUGUCAAACAAAGUCACUACAACUUAUUUUUAUGCCUUACUUUGUCAUACCCGAUGAUUCUCUUUUUAAGUGUAUAUUAUUGUAUAAAGUAAGAAAUUUGCCUACAUCUCCCCCUCCCUUAACUAUAGAAAUUGAGGCUGCACAACAGCGAUGGUACUGCCUGUAAGAUUUUUCUACAUAAUUUUCUUUUCGUAUGUUGCUUUCUUUUAUUUUAUUAUAAAUAGGUUCAAUUUGUUGUUAAAUAAAUGUUUACAGUUAA